CUGGAAUCAGCGAGCGACGAGGGGGUCGACUUCUUUCCUCUGUCACUGCGAGCAAAUUUUUCAUUUCCUCUUAAAAAUAAGGAUAAAGGAAGCGGGUAGCAGUGGUUUGAAUGCUUCAAUAAGGUGCUUUCUGUCUCUGAGGUCCAGCAGUGUAGUCUGUUGCCAUGGCGUCUCCAGGGGGGCAAGGAGGAGGAGGAGCUCUGUCGACGAGAGGAGGCAGCGCGGCCCGGAGGAUGAAGUGGGCUCUCGAGCUGAGCUUGGGCAACACGAGGAGUCGUGGUGAUCGGCAGGGCGGUCAGGGAGACGUCGUUUACCCCAUCGGCUACUCUGAGAAACCCGUCCCUGACACCAGCAUCCAGGAGACGGACAAGAACCUGGUGGAGAAGCGUUGCUGGGACGUGGCCCUCGGCCCCUUAAAACAGAUCCCCAUGAACCUGUUCAUCAUGUACAUGUCGGGCAACACCAUCUCCAUCUUCCCCAUCAUGAUGGUCUGCAUGAUGGCCUGGAGGCCCAUACAGGCUCUUAUGUCCAUGUCUGCCACCUUCAAGCUGUUGGAGAGCUCCAGUCAGCAAUGGCUUCAGGGCCUCGUCUACCUGAUCGGUAACCUCCUGGGCUCGGCGUUGGCCAUCUACAAGUGUCAGUCCAUGGGACUGCUCCCAACACACUCGUCUGAUUGGCUGGCUUUCAUAGAACCGCCUCAGAGGAUGGAGAUCAUGGGCGGAGGGAUGGUGUUGUGAAGAUGGACCGUGCAAAAAAAAAAAAAAAAAAAAA